UCGUGAGGGAUUUCCUGGUCUUACUAUCGGCAUAUGCCUGCCCUGGAUGAUGCGCUUCUCUUCCCAGGCAUGACACACUUACUUGGCUGCAGAGCCGAGCCACGGGACAGAAACACGGCGAGGAAGCACGAGAACAGAGGCAGGCGAGGGGGGUGAGGAUGCGGGUAAGAAAAGCGCGACAGAUGACGAUGAUGAUGGCGAGGACGGGGAUGAAGAUGAGAAUGAUGAUGCUAUCGACGAAGGAAUGGUCGUAGAAGAAGCGGAAGAAGAAGAAGAAGGGAAAAUAAAGCUCUGCGGGAUCGGAGGAUAGUAACAGUGGUGAUGGUGAUGGUGAGGCAGUUUGGCUUGUGAGGACGGGACCGCAGAGGCGAGGAUGCUCGGACGAUCGGAGCACCUGCUCGCUCAGUUUUGAUCAUUGUGCAGGGUAAAACCUCGGGUAUCACCGAGAGUUUAACGAAGCGCUAUUCUGAGGAGGUGGGCCAAGUCCCAGGAGAGAGAGAGAGAGAGGGAGAGAGAGAGAGAGAGAGAGCUCUCCGAGGACCUUUGGACUGAGCGCCGGUGAUCCAGCUGGGAUGUUGUUGUUCUGUUGUCAGUGAUGUGAGGCGACAUUAAGGAGCUGGUGAAAGGAAUCCUGACACAUAUUCCUACAUAUUUGCAGGUGGACAGAGAGGAGAUUAACAAGAAUCUAUAAAGUGUUCACUGAUGACAUGUCAGUGCGAGAGGCUGGGAACACCAUGGAUAGAGGGAAACAAACAACCAUGCAUAGUGAGAUUUACAGCAACGAUCAAUUAAGAAUCAUUUAAUCGAAAAAUCAUGUCUUUAAACUGUGGGAGGAAGCCUGAGUGCUGAGAGAAAACCCAAGCAGGCACACAGAGAAUAAUAUGCAAACUUCACAUAGAAGCACUGGAGUCAGUCAGCUAUGAGUUACAUGUAUAGCAGCACUGUGUCGUACAGACCAGUAGAAGUUGGCUCCCUGCCUGUUGAGAUGUGCCAAUAGGAAACACUUUGAACAGGGGUUCAUGCUGAUGAAAUUGAUCUGCUCAGUGAGCUCCAACCAGAGCCAUGGGGAGUACCCAGACUGCCGGAGUGAGAGGGAGUCAGGAGGGGAGGCAUCUCUCCUGGUGUCUCCGCUGGUGGUGGCGGGGAUCGUUAUAGGUCUAGUCCUCUUCCUCUCAUGCAUCACCAUCAUCGUCGGCAGCUUGCGCAAAGACAGUCGACUCCGAAACCCUCACCUUCGAGCAAGCUAUGGACAAGAUAGUUUUUCUUAUGGAGGUUCAGCAGGUGAACUGAGGUCUAGCUGCUUGGAAGACUUUCCUCCUGGUUUAGACUUUGACUCAUACAGAGAGUCUCAGAUAAACAGUGUGUAUCCUGACUCCCCACCACGCUAUGAUGAGUGUGUUGCUCCAGGUUCGACUCAGAUCUACAUCCCUACAGAUGACCCACCUCCUUACUCAUUGGUGGACCCCUGUCAGGGAGGAGCAGAGCAGGAGGAACGGCCUAGCUACUCCCUUACAGAUCCUUCCCCAUAUUGCGGAGAGACCUCAGCCAGUGCUGCCUGGUUUUCUCCCUCCCACUACCCACUGGGACUGCAAGAGCAGGAGCAUCAACAUAUUGCAUCCAUCUCCUUCCCACUGGAGGCAGCACCACCUUAUGAGUCAAUGCUGCCAGAGCAGGGACAACCCCUCCCUCUCAUGCCAUGUGACCUUUAUAAACACCAAUCAGAGAGGGGGGAUGAUGGGAACUCCCAGCAACUCCCUGCGAACCAGAUCUCAUAGGACAGUUAAUUUGUUUCUCUCACCUGUGGGCUUGGUGAAUUAAACAAACACUUGGGAUGUGUGGAAAAUAGCUUUCGUUUGCAGCUGUGACACCAAACGAUAGUCCAAAAGAUGUACAUUUCUUCCACAGGGUUGCAAAGACCUGAAGAGGCUGAAGCUCCACUUGACUGCAGUGCAGUCAAAACUCCAGCUUUCAACCAUUUAACUAUUGUUUGUCUAUGGACAAAAUAAAACUUAAGAACUGCAUUAUACUGUAAAGUUCCUGGAAUGGCAACUUCUCUCAAAGGCUUUCUUCUAUGUUGUUUAGUUUAGUUUUGCCAUGUUUUGACUGUUAUCGUCUCCUUCUUGAAGUAGGACUGAUACAAGAGUUGUGUGUCUUGUGCGGAGUUUAGUCUGAAUCGCCACUAAACAAAUGCAUUUACAUUUAUCCAUCAUGUCAUAGACAACAGGAAAUUGAGUUGAGUAUGAACAGUAUAGAUGUGGGUUUUAGUAGUCUAGUUUAAGGUAUACACAAGCACACUGAGUACCAUCCUUGAGUUUAUUUUGCUGUGAUGUCACAUAUCUGCAUAUUUAGAAAUGUUUUGGAAAAAAACUGUACUUAGCUCUGAUGUUGUAUAGAACAUGUCAACUACCAGCACACCACUGCUGAUUUACAAUUUCUAUAGUGUGUGCAGACAGUAGAAUGGUGUAUGGCAACCUCCAGUGUUAGUUUGUUGGUAGUGGUAGUUUGAUUAGAAGGAGUUUGUGAUGAAAUGGCUGUGUAUAACAGGGAACUACCUGGACAAGGAAUUAUCAACAUGCCAUUUUUCCAGGUAUAUUUGUAUUACCUUUUAGCACCAUGAUGAUGCUAUAGAAGACAUUGCUAGCAUGUCAUUUGAAUCUGUCAUCACCAGAGAGGGGUUCAACUUGUCCAGCUGUAUAAGUUGUCAUAAUUCUUCCAAUCAAGGGCUCUGGUUUUAAUGUCAAUGCUGUAACUGGAUCCCAGCAGCAAAAUGUAGCUUGGAGCUCUCCUCUUGUCGAGGUUGGGUUGAUGCAACGGAGAAGAAACACAGUAAACUGUAGACUUUAUUAUAUUAUUCACUCAUAAGGGAUGCAUCUGUGUUGUUGUUCUUGUUCUGCUCUCAUAAAAUAAUUCACUUGGCUUAAACAGUCACAAUCUAUUUUUGUGCAUUGCACAGAGGUGAGCAACACAUUGUUUGCGAUAGCCAAUAAACUGAUUACUAAUGAACAAAAUAAUCUGAUGUGGAAACUUUGUGGGUCAUUCCAUCUUAACUCAUUAAAUUUCUAGUAACUUCUCUUUUCAACCACCUUUGUUUUCCACGAAAUGUUUAGAGUUCAAAAUUUGGUUAUAUACUGUAUAAUAAUUGCUGUGAAAAUUUACCUUAAGAUGUUAAAUACCUUUCUAGAUUUUAAAAACAACAACAUUAAUUUACACAUUAGUGUAAUAUUUGGACAUGUAUCCUAAACACGAUGAAUAAUUAAAAACAGCAUGUAAGUUUAGUGAAAAUAGCAUUUUUAGGUCAAAAAGCAUUCUCUGUGGUUCAUUUUACAUUAAAUUCUGAACAUUUAAAUUACUUUGUCAAUAGUAGUCUUUGACAAUGUGAGAUGGUUUUUUGGGGCAAAAUGUCAUCAUGACAUGUAUCUAAACCAUGAAUAUUUUUAGGAAAAUCAAAGAUGGUUGAGCUCAAGGACAACAAUGAUUUGAGACAGAGUGACCCAAUAAGAGUUUUGUAAUAUGCAAAGCCUUUAGCAUUUGACUCUAAAAUAUGUUUCGGCUACAGUAUCUCGACAUUUAAACAUGUAACUGUCAGCUGCGAAGUUUCUGCUGGUACUUGUAAAUCAAAGGGUCCCCUUGAAUGAUUAUUACAUCAUUCUGCCAGACAGGCACCAGACUUCUUUUACAGGCGUUAUUUAAAAAUGUUUAAGAUGAUAAACAUGUAUGGCCUGUUCCAAGUGUUAGAAUUGCAAAAUAGUUCAAGAAAAGAUAAAAGAAAAUGAUCAACGUGUCCUUGAUACAGUAUUUCCUUGUUAUUUUGCUUUAGAUGCAUCAGGGGAAAUUAGAGUUUAUACAACAGCAGAUAUGUGGUCAAAUGCAUCCCAUUAGCAGGUGGUUUGGGUGAUCUGAUAAUGCUGUGUAUUGGUGGUCAUUUACACUAAUAUGCAUCAGAGCUGUCUGUUGCUGAGCAAACUGCUUAAAGUGUAAACAAAGUAAAUCCAGAUACAAAUGUUUUCGAUGUCUCACCAUUUAUGCAUCAUUUCCUAAUCAGAAACAAAGCAAUAGAUAUGAAUGUCUUAAUUCUUUGUAAUGUCUUGCAUCAGCUAAAAUGCAUCAGCUGCGCAUAAAUUGAGUUGAGCAAAGGGGAAGUAAAGCCAGUCGGAAGCAUUUGUAGUGAACAAUUUUGCCAAUUAAUAAUUAGUCAGCAUUAAAAUGGUAAAUAACUUAAUAACGGAGAGAUAAUGUUGUUAUUUCGAUAUAUAUCUGCAGCCAUUCUGUCAAAUGGACCAUUCAAUCAUUACACACUCCAUUCUGUUAAUGAGAUGUGGGGAAACAUCAGGGCAAGUAAUUCCAAAGAAAUCUAAAUUGUUCAUUAUUUAUUUUGUGUUUGAGUUUAAAACAUAAUAAGAUGGGAAAUUCUUUAAACUACAACAGACAUGGUAACAUGAGCUACAGUUACCAUGACAUAGACAUGAUCAGAGGGGGAUUUUUACAAUGUGGGUGUUAUCUCUGAACAGCCAGGCUGGACAAAAGCAGAACAAAUCACAAACUUUUCUAACCUUAACCAAAACGGAACAAAAUCCCAGACAGCCACUGUUGGUGCACAAAAUAUGAAUAUACCUGCAUUAUGGUCACCAGACAACCUGAUCUAUUACCUCAGGUGUCUGUGUACAUAUGUUAUAUAAUUUACUAUAUGUGUCACAAAUACACAAAAUGUUUGAAUGAAGUGUUUAGAGUUAAAAUUCGGGCUAUCCUGGAGACACUAAGACCUGUAGACAACAUCAUCAUUCACCAGUUAUUGAAGCAGGAAGCCACUGAAGGCUGAGCUUUAAUAACAAUUUUUUCAAUGUUAGUUUAAUUGAACAAAUUGACAAUUUUUUUAAGUCGUCUUUUCGUGUGACAUUGUGUUUUAGUUAAAGAUGUGCCUAUUAGCCCCCAGACUGUUAGCUUGAACAUUGUAGCCAUAAUUAUCUCAAGGCAACCAAUCUGCUGCUUUGAGCUAAAUCUCUGGUGAUGUACUGAUUUACUGAUGUGGGUAAAAGCAUGCUAUUAUAACUGAAUCCCUGUUAAAUGCCUUGUGAUGACAGAUUUUACUGAAGGAUACCAUUUUCUUGACUGUUUCAAGCUGUUGUUAAGGGUUCUAGUUAAUCUUUGGUUGUCUUUUGGCUCAAAUUAGCACCUGGAAACGAGCCACUCACAACAUUGACUUCAUUACGUUAGAAACUCAGUACUGCUUUUAAGAUUUUAAGCAUUCAGUCAAGAGUAAUUUUCUCUUAUGGAUUACCAUAUGUUGUAAUAAAACGUUUUUGUCUGCCAUUUCAAAGUU